AAAAGAAGUGGUUCACAAACAAAAUAUACAAUUUUAUUUCCACAAAAAAGUUUCAAAAUGGGACUAGUAGGGGUUUAGCUGCACGGGGAGGGUUUAGCACUGCCUUUUGUGAGUUGCCUCCUUUUUCUCAUAUCGAUUUUUCCUUUGUAGCUGGUAAACUCAAUCACUCCAUUCAUUCUCUUCUCUAUCAGCUGAAGUUUGAAUAUUCGUUGGAGCUGAUUAAUGUGUAAUUAAUUCGUUUUUCUUUGUGCUGAAUCUGGAGCAUGGCUUUGUCCAUUUCAAGGAGGCUUUUGUGUUCUGUUGCUUCUCUAAAUUCACUUGGUCGCUUGGGUUCUCCACUUUCUGCUUCUAAUGGGAAGUGUCAUAUUCUUGGGAUUGAUAUGCCUUGUGUGGAAUCUUCUGUCUCCAGAAAGGACGAAUCAUUCUUCCUCUCUUGUCGAAGAUAUUCAACUACCAUCCUGACACCUGAUUCCAGUGACGGUUCAUUUCCUUCAGAUCUAUUAACUAAGAAACGUGUCUCAACUCCAGAGCGUGAGAUAGGGCUCCAUCAGGACUUGGUCAUUCCAGUAACGAACUUUCAUAAUGAAGACAAAGGUUUUAUGUGUUUGGCUGGGGAUGUUUUUGAUGUGCCAAUUAGGAAAGAUAUUAUUCAUCGUGUUGUGAGAUGGCAGCUAGCAAAACGACAGCAGGGAACCCAUUCAACUAAAACUAUUAGUGAAGUUAGUGGGACCGGUAGAAAACCGUGGAGGCAGAAGGGCACAGGACGAGCGAGGCAUGGAACACUGCGUGGUGCUCAGUUUCGAGGUGGUGCAACUAUGCACGGUCCAAAGCCACGAAGUCACGCAAUCAAACUGAAUAAGAAGGUUCGGCGGCUAGGAUUGAAGAUUGCACUAUCAGCUCGUGCAGCUGAAGGGAAGCUUAUGGUUUUUGAGGAUUUAGAGAUUUCUUCGCACAAAACAAAAAACAUAGUGAACUAUUUCAACCAAUUGGAGAAUACCAAGAAGCUUCUGCUGGUGGAUGGUGGCCCAAUCAGUGAAAAGCUAAAGUUGGCUACUCAGAAUGUACAUUAUGUCAACGUGUUGCCUUCAAUAGGUCUAAAUGUCUACAGUAUUUUGCUACAUGACACGUUAGUCAUGUCCCGUGAUGCAGUGAAUAGAAUAGUUGAGAGGAUGCAUACUCCAAUCAAUCGCUAAGGGAGCAUCUGAGGUUGAAAGGGAAAGAUCUUUGUAGUUUUCGUCGCAGAAGACAAAGCAUAGAAAAUAUUUGUUCUGCUGUUUUUCUAGUCAAUUUAAAAAAUUGUAGGUUUAGUUGUAUUUCUUAUCCUCCACUAUUUUCCUUGAAAGUAUAAUGCACAUCUGCAUUUCAUGCAAGUAAUAGAGGUACUACUUGAGAUUCUGUUACAUGGCAUAAAUCCUGGUUUAGGAUAAUAAAACACUCCCUUCUAAUGCA